AUGGCAAUCACAACUCGGAGUGGGAAAAUACUUCUAGGAGAGAAUGAACUACUGGUCGAAGUGGAAGAUUCUGAACAAGAAGUUGAGGCACAAGUUGAGGUGCCAAUUGUUGUUGAAGCUGAAAAAGUCCCAGAGGAGGUGAAAGAGACACCAAAAACUCUAUCACCAAUUCCUAGACCUCCUCCUCCUUUUCCUCAAAGACUUGCUAGGAAGGUUAAUGAUAGCAAACUCGAGAAGUUCUAUGACAUUCUCAAGCAAUUAUCGGUGAAUAUUCCAUUUGUGGAAGCAUUUAAAGAGAUGUCAGUUCUUUAUGAUAAUGGGGCUAGCAUCAAGUUGAUGCCUCUUGCUAUUAAUAAGCAAGCGGGGUUAGGUAUGCCGAGGCCUACAAGUAUGAGGAUGCAAAUGGCUGAUCGUUCAAUAAAGAGACCGGUGGGUAUUGUUGAUGAUGUUCUUGUGAAAGUGGGGAAGUUCCUCCUUCCCGCCAACUUUGUGAUCCUUGAUUGUGCUAUUGAUAAAGAAAUCCCUAUCAUCUUGGGGAGACCAUUCCUUGCUACCGAAAGAGCACUUAUGGAUUCAGAACAAAAUGAGAUCAAGUGUCGAGUUAAUGACGAAGAGGUAGAACACUUGUUGAAUGUCCUGAGGGAGCACAGGCAAGCCAUUGGGUGGACAAUAGCAGACAUCCAAGGAGUUCCCGCCAGAAUUUGUGUGCGCAAGAUACAAUUGGAGAAAGAGAGCAAACCUAGCGUGGAGCAUCAAAGAAGGUUAAACCCUUCCAUGCAAGAGGUGGUAAAUAAAGAAAUCAUCAAAUGGUUAGAUUCCGAGGUAGUCUACCCCCUUGCUGAUAGUUCUUGGGUGAGUCCGGUGCAAUGUGUGCCAAAGAAAGGAGGCAUGACUGUGAUUCAAAACGACAAAAAUGAGCUCAUCCCAAUGAGAACAGUGACCGGGUUGAGAGUUUGCAUGGACUACCGGAAGCUAAACAGUGCUACUUGCAAGGACCAUUUCCCUAUGCCUUUUGUUGAUCAAAUGCUUGAUUGGCUAGUGGGAAGGACUGACUGGUCAAGGAAGCUAGAUGAUGCGUUGUGGGCAUAUUGCACAACAUUUAAGACUCCCAUUGACACCUCACCGUACCGGUUGGUUUUUGGUAGUGCGUCUCACUUGCCAGUUGAGCUUGAAUACAAAGCCAUGUGGGCAUUGAAAAAGUUGAAUCUUGAUUAG